AUGGUACUGUAUGAGGCUUCCCUUGGAUUUGCAAGUGUCUGUGAACUGCAUGUCAUGUUGCUUUCUUGUUUUGUCUUGGUCCUACUUAUGCCCGGUUCUUGUUUUACGGCACCCACAUUUAUGCCGAGGCAAGAGAGCUCUCCUUCUGCAGAACCACAGGUUGACUUGAAGCUGGCCACAGAAUACCUCGAGCACUACUACAAUCUGCAAGAAGAGCCUAUGGGGCGCACAAAGCGGAGCCGGCCCUUCUUCACCUCCAAGGUGAAAGACAUGCAGAUAUUCUUUGGGCUAAAUGCAACAGGCGUGCUGGACUCAGACACCCUGGAGAUAAUGAGGAGCCCUCGAUGUGGGGUUCCAGAUGUGGAGGAGUACAGCCACCUCCAGGGAACACGAUGGAACAAGAACAUCCUCACCUACAGAAUUGGCAGGUACACCAGAGAUUUGCUUCGCAACACUGUGGACUCUCUGGUUGAGUCAGCUUUCAGCGUUUGGGCCAGAGCCAGCAGUCUGACGUUUGUCAGGUCGCACACCCGCAACGCUGACAUCAUGGUGGAGUUUGUGACCUAUGAACAUGGUGAUUUGUAUCCAUUUGACGGACCCAGAGGCUCACUGGCUCAUGCUUUCAAGCCAGGGCCUGGCGUUGGAGGGGACACACACUUUGAUGAUGCUGAGUAUUGGACAGCAGGAGAGACAGGUAUGAAUCUGUUGGUGGUAGCAGCUCAUGAAUUUGGACAUGCUUUGGGCCUGAAGCACUCCAGAAAUCCUGAUUCAUUGAUGUACCCGACCUACAGAUCCUCCCGUUCAGCCAACCUUUUAUCCAUAGAGGAUGUAGUAAAUAUCAACGCACUUUACAGUAGGUUUGUGUUAGGUCCAGUCAGAGGGAACCCAAAUGACUUUUCGAGGUUGGGUUGGAGUUCUCAGAAUAACCCCUGGCUGUCGGAGUCGCUGCUCCCUCAGCUCAUGCAGAACAAAUGUGCUUCAGACACGACAUUUGACGCGGUGUCCACUGUUGGGGAUGCCACCUUCUUUUUUAGAGAUAGAUACCUCUGGAUUAAACACAAUGAACAAGAUGACAUCAAAGAAGGUCUCAUCACCAACUUUAUGCCAAAGAUUGAAACCAGCAUCGAUGCAGCCUUCUGGGUGCCUCGCAGAUCUGCUGCUUACCUUAUUCAUGAGUCCAUGUUCUGGACAGUGAAAGGCUCUCUUGUGAGGGGAAAGCCUCGGGCACUAAGCCACUUUGGGUUUCCAGCCUGGAUCCAGGACGUUGACGCAGCAGUCCACAUAGUGAAAACUGGACGCACCCUUUUCUUUAUGCAUGAUAUUUAUUGGAGUUACAAUGAAAACCGAAGGGUUAUGGAUUUUGGUUACCCAAAGUACAUCAGCGAGGACUUUCAUGGAGUCAACACAACAAUAAACGCAGCUGUCUACAAAGAGGGUUUUAUCUACUUCUUUGACGGACCACAAGUCUACAAAUACGACUACGCCCAGAAACAAGUUGUCGGAAUUGAGAAAGCAAAUUCCUGGCUUGGAUGUUGA